UUUAAUUUUAAAAAAAUAACAACACUAUGCCAACUUGAGAUUUUGAAUUUGCAGUUGUUGACAUUGACUGAGAUGAGGCUUAAGCAUGCUGAGAUUUCAUUACAAACUGAUAGAUACCAAAUUUGCAUAAAUGUUUUGAUUAAUUCAAUCAUUUCAUUUUGAAGAUUAAUUGAUUAAACCAUGUUUUCAAUUCUUGAACUUCUGUUUGUUCUACUUUUUAGUGCUCUUUUCUUGAAACAUUCUGGUUUUGCUCAAGAUCAACAUAAAGCUGACCAAUUCAUCUACCAUGGCUUCAACGAAUCGAAUCUGAAUCUCAACGGAAUUGCGAAAAUUCACUCUAAUGGUCUGUUAGAGUUAACAGACAUUUCAUACUACAAAAUUGGUCGUGCUUUUCUUCCAUUUCCUUUUAAUUUCUCCAAGUCUUCAUUUUCAACCAACUUCGUUUUUGCCAUCGAUCCUCAGAUGCCGAACCUUGGCGGCCACGGUGUUGUUUUCACAAUAUCUCCGUCGCUAGAGUUUACAGACGCGUGGGCAAUAGAAUACUUCGGAUUGUUCAAUUCUUCAACAAUCGGCUUGGAUUCGAACCAUGUCUUUGCCGUUGAGCUCGACACUAUACAGACUCUGAAUUUUAAAGACACUGAUAACAAUCAUGUCGGAAUUGAUGUGAAUGAUUUGGUAUCUAAUGUGUCAGCUUCAGCAGGAUACUUUUCGGACAAUGAAUUGAAAAGAUUGGAGCUGAUUAGUGGAAAUCUGAUGCAAAUUUGGAUAGAUUAUGAUGAGGCAGAGAAGCUAGUAAAUGUAACACUAGCUCCUGUAACAAUCAUGAAGCCUGAAAAGACUCUCUUGUCGACGAAAAUCGAUCUUUCGUUAGUUCUGACAGAUUCUAUGUAUGUCGGUUUUUCGUCAUCGACAGGAUCUAUGGCAAGCCAUCAUUAUAUUCUUGGUUGGAGCUUCAACAAAAGUGGGCCGGCUCAAAAUCUUGAUAUGUCAAAGCUUCCUUCACUUCCAAGCAAACCAAAAUCAGGUAAGAAGGGAGUACCGGAUUUUAAAAUUAUAAUCCCAUUGAUAACAGCAAGUGUUCUGGUGAUCAUAAUCUUUGGAGGUGUUUAUAUAAGGAAGAAGAAAUACGAAGAACUGCGCGAAGAUUGGGAAGAAGAAUACGGACCUCAAAGAUAUUCCUACAAGGAUUUGCAUAAAGCAACUGAAGGAUUCAAAGAGAACGAAGUUCUGGGUUUUGGUGGUUUUGGGAAGGUCUAUAAAGGCGUAUUUCCUUGUUCGGAUAUACAAGUUGCAGUCAAGAAAUUUUCGCAUGAUUCUGAACAAGGAAUGAAGCAAUUCGUAGCUGAAAUUGCAAGCAUGGGAAGGUUAAGGCAUAGAAAUUUGGUUCAACUUCUGGGCUAUUGCAGGCGAAAAGGCGAGCUGCUUUUGGUAUAUGAUUAUAUGCCCAAUGGGAGUCUUGACAGGUUCCUAUUUCAGAACGAUACUCCGAAUCUGAACUGGGUUCAACGAUAUCAGAUCUUAAAAGGAGUUGCAACCGCGCUUCUGUACCUCCACGAAGAAGGGGACCGUGUUCUUCUCCAUAGAGACGUAAAAGCUAGCAAUGUUAUGUUAGAUGCUGAAUUUAUCGGAAAGUUGGGAGAUUUUGGACUAGCUAAGUUUUACGAUCACGGAUCAUUUCCUCAAACAACCUGUAUUGUUGGAACUGUAGGAUAUCUUGCACCAGAAGUUUCAAGAACAGGACGGGCCACUACAAGCAGCGACGUUUUUGCUUACGGGAUCCUUAUGCUGGAAAUGGCUUGCGGAAGAAAGACUAUAGAGCCAGAAAGACCACGUGGAGAGAUGAUAUUGGCAGAUUGGGUUCUCGAUUGUUGGAAAAGAGGCGUGAUCACUGAGACGAGUGAUCUUCAAUUAGAAGGUAAAUAUAUGGUGGAAGAAAUGGAAUUGGUAUUGAAGCUAGGUUUGCUUUGUGCUCAUUCUAUACCGGCAAAUAGGCCUACGAUGAGGCAAGUGAUGCAAUAUCUAGACAGAAAAGCUGCUUUACCGGACACACUACUCGACACUCCUCGUACCAGUUUGGCCUUACUUAACCGUGAAGAAGCUCUACGUUGCAGUUCGUUAUCUUACGAGUACUCUAGCUUGUCAAUGACUGCCUCAGUCCUUAGUUGCGGUCGUUGAAUAUCUAAAAUUCAUAAUGUAUACGGUA